GAGCGCUACGGAAGCCUGCGUGCUCUUGAUUUUCUCUUUUGACUUUACGACGUUCCGCUUCCUUUCCUUUUAGCCAAAUUCCUCCCAGAGCCAAAGUAGUCUGACUGGGACACGGGACGAGCGGACCAAGCGCUGUAGCAUCAACCACAGGAGUAUAAUAACUUUUUAGGAUAGUUUUUUCUGCUAAAUAUCUACUUGAUUUGAACCACGAGUGAGGAAAAAAUCUUGCAAGUCUGUGGAGCAGGGCUGGAGUGGUGCUUGCUUUUCUUUGCUGCUUUUGACCGGGUGUGCUGUGUGUAGAUGUGUGACAGUGGAGUGUGUGAGGACAAGCCCCCCGCCCCCCCUGUCAGGAUGAGCAGCCAAGGAGGAGCCAAGGACCCUCAGUCAGCCAAUCACAACUCACGCCCUCUGCCUUCUGUGCCUGAGGAGAGAAAGUCCAGGAACAAAAUCAUCUCUAUGUUUGCAUCUGAAAAAGGAGCCAGAAAGAAGGACCGUGACAAGGACAGACCUGAGAUCUCCUCUCCGUCAGAUUUUGAACACACCAUCCAUGUGGGCUUCGACUCUGUGACUGGGGAAUUCACGGGAAUGCCAGAGCAGUGGGCCCGGCUCCUUCAGACUUCCAACAUCAGCAAAUCGGAGCAAAAGCAAAAUCCUCAGGCCGUCCUCGAUAUUCUCAAGUUCUACGACUCGACUAGUGGAAAGCAGAAGUACCUCAGUUUCUCCGCCUCUGAUAAGGACACGCAGUCGCCUGGGAAACAGGGCAGCGGUAAAACAGGAGGUAAAGAUGGAGACGACGACGAUGAUGACGAUACUCCUCCUCCAGUCGUGGCUCCGAGACCAGAACACACAAAAUCUAUGUACACCAGGUCAGUAAUAGACCCUAUACCUGCUCCAGAGGAUUCAGCAUCAAAAGCUACGGACAGAAAGAAAAAUAAAGGAGGGAAGAUGACAGACGAGGAGAUCAUGGAGAAACUACGCACAAUUGUCAGUAUUGGAGAUCCUAAGAAGAAAUAUACUAGAUAUGAAAAGAUCGGACAGGGGGCAUCUGGCACAGUUUACACAGCUAUAGAUGUUGCCACUGGACAAGAAGUGGCCAUUAAACAAAUCAAUUUACAGAAGCAACCAAAGAAAGAGUUAAUUAUCAAUGAGAUUUUGGUGAUGAAGGAGAUGAAGAAUCCUAAUAUUGUCAACUUCUUAGACAGUUUCCUUGUAGGAGAUGAGCUGUUUGUGGUGAUGGAGUAUUUGGCUGGAGGGUCACUCACUGAUGUUGUAACUGAAACGUGUAUGGAUGAGGCUCAGAUAGCAGCAGUUUGUCGAGAGGUUCUCCAAGCUCUCGAAUUUCUUCAUGCAAAUCAAGUAAUCCACAGAGACAUCAAGAGUGACAAUGUGCUGCUAGGAAUGGACGGAUCUGUCAAACUAACUGAUUUUGGCUUCUGCGCUCAGAUCACUCCAGAGCAGAGCAAACGUAGCACCAUGGUGGGCACCCCCUAUUGGAUGGCCCCUGAAGUGGUUACCAGAAAAGCCUAUGGACCCAAAGUGGACAUCUGGUCUCUGGGGAUCAUGGCCAUAGAGAUGGUGGAAGGAGAGCCCCCAUAUCUCAAUGAAAACCCCCUCAGAGCGUUGUAUCUUAUUGCCACCAAUGGGACCCCUGAGCUCCAGAGUCCAGAGAAGCUGUCCCCUGUGUUCAGAUCGUUCCUGUCCCGCUGCCUUGAGAUGGACGUGGACAAGAGGGGGUCUGGGAGAGAACUACUGCAGCAUCCAUUCCUGAAGUUGGCCAAGCCUCUGUCCAGCCUCACUCCACUCAUCCUGGCUGCUAAAGAAGCCAUGAGGAGCAACCGCUAAAAACACAGCCCUAAAAAGGACUCAAACCUUCACUCCAAUUUUUAGUUUAUUUUUGCAUUUUGGACAGUUGUUGCACACAUUUCUUCCUCUCAAAAAUCUAAUCCAGAUGAUGACUUUUUUAUCCUUUUCUUUUUCCAUUUUGCCUGGGCCUUUAAAAACAUCUCAGAGAUUGUUGGUUAACGCACAUACAACUUAAAGGGCCCAUACUACACUAUUUUCUGAUCUAUGUUAUAAUAUUUUUUUCUCAUCAGAAACAUACCUGGAGUUGUUUGAGUAACCCUUUAUUAUUAUUAGUUUGUUUAUAUCUCCAAGUUCAAAAUACUCUGUUCCUCUUUCUGAUGUCAUGAAGUUAACAGCUACCUUUUACCUUUUGUUCAGUAUAGAAUGGAAAUUCCAGGUCUUAAAUUAUCCAAAUGAUUCUAGUGAAGGUGUGUGAAGUUUAAAAUACAGGGGAGCGCUUCCUCUAUUACCACAUGACAUCAGAAGGUGGAACAGAGCGUUUUCAGUUUGAGAGAAGAACUCAGCCUAAAUUUGCCUUGUGUAUUAAACAUGUGUGAAUGAAACAAAACACAACUCCAGGUAUGUAAAAGAUUAAAAUCCGAAACUAGCGUAAAAUGGGCCCUUUAAAUAUUAACUUUUUUUCUUUUUUUUUUUUUUUUUGCAAAUCCAGAUUUUCUUUUCAAUGAAUCAAUAUUCCUCAUCAACAAUCAUCUCUGAAAGGUUUUAAGUUUAUUUAAGUUUACAAUGGUGCUAUCAUGGUCUUUUGAAGAAGACUGUUAGUUCUUUAUCAUGCCAAAAAGAGACAUUUGUGGAGUUGCCGAGUGGAUCACAGCGUCUUCAAGACUGCACCCUAUGUCCAUGUGGAGUUAAAUAAAACUAUCAAAAUUCAAACUAAUUUAUCAUCAGAAAUUUUGAAGAUUUACAAGACCAUUGCUCUUCAUUUAGACUCAUUGAGCUUUCAAAUACUGUAAACUAUCUGACAUACUGACACUUCUUUAAAAAUGCACUGUGUAACUUCUGAUAGGGGAAGUGUUCACUGAGAUAGUAUUUCUUAGCCAGCAGCAUUUCACAGUAUGGCAUUAGAUCAAUCUGUCUAAAUACCUUGAAAAAUUCUGUGUGGGGUAGCCUCUCCAUAGAUCUGAUCUAUAAUAUGGCCUGGUUGUAUCAUCUGCUUGUCUCCAUGAACACAGAAAUUUCUACGAGGCUCUUGGCAAAGCAAUAACAUCACCAUAGAGACAAGUAUAGGUGGCAGACCCUCCACCGAAACAGUUACACAGUGCAUCUUUAAGUGACCAGUUUACACAAUACAGCCAAAUUAGUGAUAUUUUUCUUUUAUUAUAGCAGCUGAAUUUACAAAUCAUUUUCUAAUUAGUGGCGGCCCUAUGUGUUACUGUCAGUACUAGACCAAUACUGCCACCUUCAGGCUCUUUUAUGCAUGUACAUUUGAAAUACUACAUUCUUCUUGUCUCCUUGCCAGACUUUCAAAAACUGCAUGUGACCAAUGAAAAUAUUGUGUCUUUUUAAUUUUAUUUUAAAGGUGCUCUGUGUAACUUUUCAGUUGGGGGUCCGUCACCGGCUUGUUUCUAUGGGUAUGUCAUUGCUUUGUAUCGAAUGUUCCACAGUAUGACAUUAAAUAGAUCUACCUUACAUGUAUUCAAUUACAGGUGGUUUUAUAGCUCAAAAAUACCUAGAAAUACAGGCAUUCUGACUAUGAGCGGGUCUAGUUUGGUCUCCAUGAAGAUAGAAAGGUUUAACACCAUACUGUGAAACAUUCUAGACAAAAGGAAUAGCAUCUCCAUGGAGAAAACACAGUGGCGGACUCUACCAGAAAAGUAGAAAAGUUACACAAUGCACCUUUAAGGAGAUUUUUAUUUGUAUUUUUUUUGUAAUGGAAACAGAUUUUAUAUAUAUUUACCUUUUUUAAUAUUUGUAAGUAGCAAAAACAGCUCUCUCUGUCAACAUUUUCUGGAUCUUCUGUUGAAGUUUUGUGCAAUGUAUACCAGGAACUGUUUUUGAAAUUCCAAGACACAUCCAAGUAUUUAAGCCACGGUCAGUUCAACAGUUGAAAUCUUUGCAUUAUGUGGACUGUCUCUUUCUUUGGCUGCUACAACAACAACAUGCAUUCAGUGAUUUCUAUGAGGAAUUUGUACAGUAACUAAAGUGCAAUGACACAAAUAAAAGUUUUUUAUUUCUCUG